AUGCUCCGCCAGCUGCUCUGCUUGGGAAUUUUGCUGGCUCUUCUAGUGGGAUUUGGCCAGGCCGAGUGCAAUGCCUGUUCGGAUGUCACCAAUGCAGCCUGUGUCUCCAGAAAUCAGUACCAAAACUGCACGGAUCACAUUCCGACGGGACCGAUCUACACCUGUCCGAAUAACACGAAUUGCACCUCAUAUCCUGGAGGAUGCACUUCCGAUGUGAAUUUAAUCGCCUGCAAAGGUUGUAAUGAGUGUAUUGCAGAUCGAAAGUUCACCUGCACGAGUCCCACUACUUUUGCGCUUUGUGUUAAUGAUGUCAAUGUUUCGAGUACCCAUUACUCCUGUUCAGCGGGGCAGGUGUGUAACAACAGUUUAGACUACUAUUGUGCUGCACCUGUAAAUGGUACAGGCGCCACUUGUUCUUAUUACGAUGACACCACUGUAAUCGCAGACUUUUGCACAGUGAAAGCCUCCACCGGUCGGUAUCCCAAUCCCAAUGAUUCCAGCUGCCUCAGGUAUACAUACUGCUUCCAGAAAAACUCAACCUGGACCGGAAAUACCUGGCAGUGUCCUGCAACUAGGCCAUAUUUUAGUGAAAGUGCAUCAAAUUGUGUCGCCACAAAACCUGCCGGCUGUCCAUAAUAUAAAAGAAGACCUUAAAAUCAUCAGAAUAAAAAGUUUAUCUGUGCUUAUCACCCUGCACCUAAAGUGUGCAUUUAAGCAAAUAAAAACACAUGAUAAAUGUUUGAGGGACAAGUCAUUUUGAGAUAACGAGUAGAGGAAAUCAAGCGAUGCGAAAUAGUUGAGUAUUUAUUAUUUACAACAAAGCAUGCAAAACUUUCACAAAGUCAAAAAUAUUCCUAAUAAAAUUCAAGCACCUAAUACCAAAAAUAAACCUA